AUGGUUGUCGGACAAAAUGGUGCACAUCAACAAGAAGAAUCCGUAUAUAAUUUAAUACCACGUGUACAAGUUCAGGCACCAAAAGCACCUCGUUACGAAUCAAAAUUUAAAUCAAAUGUUCGUGAAUCAUUCAAAGAUGGUAAACGUGAACAUCGAACAAUGGGUUAUGCUGAAGAACCAUUACCUGAUCCACAACAAUUUCUUAAAAAAAAACAAACUGAUAGCAAAACAGUUGCUCAGCCGGCAGAUACAUCAUCAAAUAAAGAUGGUCCUCAACGUAAACCACCUGUUCCAAGUAUUCGUGAUGCACCUAAAAUGGGUGCAAGAACAGAAAAAAAUUUUGUUCAAACAAAUGCUCUUGAUGUUGUUAUGACAGUACCAAAAAAACCGGAAAGAAAUGUUGUUGAUGAUCGAUUUGGAGAUAAAUAUCCUAUAGAUCAAAGUGGUUUAACACCAAAAUAUAUAUUUAAAAAAAAUUUUGGUGAAACACCAGUUUAUAUAAAAUCUCGUCGAGAUGAAAUGGAAAAAGCUAAACAAGAAUAUCAAACUUAUGUUUCAGAUUAUUUUCGUCGUGGAGCAAUGCGUGAAAUGGAUGAUAAUGAACGACAAACAAUUAUUGAUGGUUUGAAAAAACAAUGGGAAGAUGUUCAUCAUGAAUAUCAAACACUGUCGGUUAUUAUUGAUACAAUUCCUAAACGACAACAUAAAGAACGUCUUGAACAUCAAAUGCAACUACUUGAAAAAGAUAUUGAUUUACUUGAAAAACAUCAAGUUAUUUAUAUUGCAGAUUAA